AUGAGCCGCGUGCAGUGUGCAAACCCGCUUUUGGCCAAGACGCUUCAGCCGCUCCUUGACGGCCCGAAGUUCGCCGUCGUGUACUGCGGCAACCUGCAGUACAAGGUGUCCGUGGGCGACGUCAUCGCGGUGCAGCGGCUGCGGGCGGAGAUCGGGAGCCGCAUUGCGCUCAAGAAGGUGCUGAUGGUCGGGGGGCCGCGCUUCACGGCGGUGGGGCGCCCGCUGCUCACCGACGUUCGCGUGACGGCGGACGUGGAGGAGCAGAAGCGGAUGCGCAACGUCGUCUCGCUCUUCGCCACCCCCGGCCGCCGGCAGACGCGGUGGGUGGAUGCGCCGCACGCCGCCACAAUCCUGCGCAUCCGCGAGAUUCAGUACGAGCCGCGGGUGGCGGGGGAGCUGGACAAGUACAGCGGCGUGCUGCGCGGCGACUUCGCACCGACGACGCACACAAACCCCGUCUACGCCGCGGACGACGGCCUAGACAUCUUUAGGAAGCGGGACACGGAGGCGGUGGAGAACGCUAGCGCCUUCCUGGACCUCAUGCAGUAG